CAACUCCGCAGGCUUUUUGCUCCCUCCCGUCGAUCGUUGCAUGCGCGAAGGGCCCUUCGAUGACCUGUCUCAACCAACCUUCGUCCCCGUCGCUGUCGGUCCACUAUGGCGGUUCACGCAAAACUCGCGGUUGUCGUUGCUUUCGCGCUUACUAGCUUAUCCACGGUUGUGGUAGCUCUGAGGUUUUACAGCCGGUAUUUCCUCGUUGGCAAGCUUGGUUCUCCGGACUGGAUGAUGCUCUUUGCGUUGAUAUCAACAUGGGGUUGCACCGUUGUCAACUACUACCAAAUCCACUUCCUGGACUACAGCCACGUCUAUAGCCUGGAAACAUUCGAACCCGUAGCCGUCGGCGCGCUGCUCACCAUGUGGAUCUACCGACUAAACUACAUUUUCGACCACUGCCUGAUCAAGACCUCCAUCCUCCUCUUCUAUAACUACGUCGCCUCGUCCCACAAGGCGUUCCACCUCAUUGUCCGCACCCUGAUAGUUAUUAUUGUAGCCACUAGCUUCGGCAUGGCUAUGGCCAGCAUUUUCAUCUGCCGCCCGGUCUCGGACUCUUGGUCAUUCAGCGUUUUUAUGGACGGCUUCAAGGGCAUUUACGCAUCCCAGUGCUACGAUCCGACAAUCCUUUGGCUCUUCAAUGCGGGCUUCAAUCUCGCAACAGACUCAAUUAUCUGGAUCCUGCCGAUUCCCUUCGUUCUAAACUUACGGAGCAUGCCCGUAAAACGGCGUCUCGAGCUCGUCGCUAUCUUCUCUAUCGGCAUACUGGCUAUCGUCGCUUCCGCCGUGCGCCUUUACGUCAUUACUCAAUGGCUCUCCAACUGGAACAACCAGGGAGCAAACACGUCCAAUCUUCUCAUCUGGUCGCAGGUCGAACAGCAUGCUGGUAUCAUAUCAGGGUCUAUCCCGUUCUUGAGACCGCUCGUUAGGAAAGCGAUGAGAGGAGCAAAGGCUCGUGAACGCCAUCCCAGUCCGAGCCCGGCCGCGAAGCUGAUCCAGCCGCAAAUCACGCCCGACAACCCGAUGCACCAACGUACGCCGAUUAUACCAAGUCCGGUCCCGACGGUGGGGAGUGAUCGAGAAUUCAGGGCACCUUUGAGCCCGCUAUCACCCAUUUCCCCGAUGAGGCCUGAGAUAUACGCGGUGACAACGGUUUGAAGGCUCGAGAUUCGGAUGUUCCACAGGAUACUACUUUCCAAGGCGAACACUCGUCGCCCCUGAAUAGGAUUGCAAAAGACGCGAAUCG